AUGGAAGCGGAAGCAUGUGCAGAGCGUUUUCUAUGGUGCUUCGCCCGCUACCACUGGUGGCCCGACGCUAUAACGAGCGAUAGGGGCUCGAAUUGGGUAGGCCGCUUUUGGAGGCACAUGUGCAAGUUACUGGGGAUCGACCAGCAGCUAAGCACGGCGUACCACCCCCAAACCGACGGAGGCCCUGAGAGGAUGAACCAAGAAGUACAGGCAUACCUCCGCGCCGUGAUUAACCAGAACCAGAACGACUGGGAUAAGUGGGUUCCCGCGGCUCAGAUGGCGUUAAACGGUCGGGUCAAUACCUCUAUAGGGAUGUCCCCAUUCUUCGCUAUACACGGCUAUGAGCCGAAGUCACCAGUUCCCCUCGUUACGGAAGCAUAUGCGGAAGAGUAUCCUCAGCAUUCGCCAGAAACCAGGGCAAAGAAAUUUGUUACCAAACUACAACAGAUUACGGACCUCUGCCAAGCAUCAAUGGCGACAGCUACGCAGCAACAAGAACGCUUCGCUAACAGACGACGGAACGCGGCAGAACGCUUCGAAGUAGGCGAUAAGGUUUGGCUUGACUUACGGAACUACGCGUCAGAGCGACCUAAGAAGAAGUUCGACUGGCUGCACGCUAAGUAUACGAUAAGCAAGGUACUCGACCCGUACACGGUUGAACUAGCAGACCUCCCGAGGGCUGCUAUAAUAGGUUCCACGUCGACCAACUCCGGAGAGCGGGGACGGACCCAAUGCCUGGUCAGCAACGCACAGACGCUCAACCCCAUCUAUCCAAACCCGACCUGGACCUCUUUAGACAAUAUGCAACAGACAGCGGCCUUGGAUAAGUACGAACAGAGAUACGGCCCGGCUCUCGAAAACGAUGGACCAUACCAGCACCGACGAGUGGCAACGGAAGCACAGCCGGCCCAAAUCCAGGGGCAAGUCGAAGGAAUACAACCACAGCUGCAGAUACAGGGCAAGAGAAUACGCGGACCACUACGGGCUAGGACUAAUGGCGACGCCCGUCGAUAG